CUGAACAGCCCUCCAUGUGACUGUAGAGCCAAGAUGUUGAAGACAGCCGGGAGGAGGAGCUGGGAACACUGGGCUGCCUCCUACCAUCUAGGUUGCGGUCCAACAUGUGAGAAACACCAAUACAAAUGAAAAGCCAUCGAAUGUGCCCAAUUGUAAAUAUCAUCCUGGCAGACACUGACCUAGGAGGUAGAGUCCUGGAGAAGUGUUUAUUUCUGCUGUAAAAAAGGAGCCAAGGGAGAAGCCAAGACAGAGAAUAGUGGCACAAUAAUGAAGCAUGAAUUAUCCAGAUGAAAGCACCUAUGGAAAUAAAGUAAGAAGAUGAUGCCACUGCAUUUCUGAAAUCCUCUUCAGAUGUUAGAUCAUUGCAGUGCCAUUUUUCUGUGGGUGUUAUAUUCCAUCGGUGUACCAUCAUUCGAGUCAGCAGCACAACCACUGAAUGAGCGCCUGCAGUGGAAGAGUCUAAAUGGAACUGGAGAAGACUUGGGCUGACAUUAUCUCUACGGUAGAAUUCAACCACACGGGAGAAUUACUAGCGACAGGGGACAAGGGGGGUCGGGUUGUAAUUUUUCAACGAGAGCAGGAGAGUAAAAAUCAGGUUCAUCGUAGGGGUGAAUACAAUGUUUACAGCACAUUCCAGAGCCAUGAACCUGAGUUCGAUUACCUGAAGAGUUUAGAAAUAGAAGAAAAAAUCAAUAAAAUAAGAUGGCUCCCUCAGCAGAAUGCAGCCUACUUCCUUCUGUCUACUAAUGAUAAAACUGUGAAGCUGUGGAAAGUCAGCGAGCGUGAUAAGAGGCCGGAAGGUUACAAUCUGAAAGAUGAGGAGGGCCGGCUCCGGGAUCCUGCCACCAUCACGACCUUGAGGGUGCCUGUCCUGAGACCCAUGGACCUGAUGGUGGAGGCCACCCCGCGAAGAGUGUUUGCCAAUGCACACACAUAUCACAUCAACUCUAUAUCAGUCAACAGCGACUAUGAGACCUACAUGUCAGCUGAUGACCUGAGGAUUAACCUCUGGAACUUUGAAAUAACCAAUCAAAGUUUUAAUAUCGUCGACAUUAAGCCGGCCAACAUGGAGGAGCUCACAGAGGUGAUCACAGCGGCCGAGUUCCACCCGCAUCACUGCAACAGCUUCGUGUACAGCAGCAGCAAAGGGACUAUCCGGCUGUGCGACAUGAGGGCAUCGGCCUUGUGUGACAGGCACAGCAAAUUUUUUGAAGAGCCUGAAGAUCCAAGCAACAGGUCGUUUUUCUCUGAAAUUAUCUCUUCGAUUUCGGAUGUGAAGUUCAGCCACAGUGGGAGGUAUAUCAUGACCAGAGACUAUCUGACCGUUAAAGUUUGGGAUCUCAACAUGGAAAACCGCCCCAUUGAGACUUACCAGGUACAUGACUACCUCCGCAGCAAGUUGUGCUCCCUCUACGAAAAUGACUGCAUUUUUGAUAAAUUUGAGUGUGUGUGGAAUGGGUCGGACAGCGUCAUCAUGACAGGCUCCUACAACAACUUCUUCAGGAUGUUCGACAGAAACACCAAGCGUGACGUCACCCUGGAGGCCUCGAGGGAAAACAGCAAACCCCGGGCUAUCCUAAAACCGCGGAAAGUGUGCGUAGGGGGCAAGCGGAGAAAAGACGAGAUCAGUGUCGACAGUCUGGACUUUAGCAAAAAGAUCUUGCAUACGGCUUGGCACCCCUCAGAAAAUAUUAUAGCGGUGGCGGCUACAAAUAACCUAUAUAUAUUCCAGGACAAGGUUAACUAGGAGGACAAGUUAUUACUUAAUAAUCUCACAUACUGAAUACUAGUCUGACAUGUUUUUAAAUGUUUCUUUGGGUCUUCAUUUGAUGCAUUGACAUUAAUUUCCCUACGCAGAAAACAAUUGGAAUAGAAUUAAAAGGAGUCCAACUUUCCCAGAUCCCCAGUUCUAAGAAACUUUUGUCAAACCCAAUAGGUUCUGAGACAUUUCUGUUUAGAAUUGAGAGCUGCCAGCUAACACUAAUUCUCCAUAGUUGACUUGAAUUUCUGAUGCUUUUCUUGCCCGGUUUUCUCUGGUGGGUCCAGUGUUUUGUUGCUAGGUGUCUGCUGAGAUAAAAUGAGGUUGUCUGUAGUAUUUAAAGAGAAAAGAGAUAAGUUUUUUUUUUAAUUAAGCAAUUCCAUUUGAUUGAAAAAAAUCAAAAAAAUAAACACCGUUUACUCUUA